UGUGACUCCACAGUCAUGUCCUGUUCUGCUCCGGAAGAAACGCAUAAUACUCCACAACAGCUGAUGUGCAUCUGGAUCAUAAGAAACACUGGGUGAUUUUUGUGGAAGAUUCGGACGCGCAGCGAAUAUCAAAACAGCCGCGACGGUAAACGCGAAGAGGUGAAACAUCCGUCUCUGCUUCACAGCUUUCUCCUACACACCAUGGCCUCUCCUAAGAAGGUGCUGCUCAAAGUGAUCAUCCUAGGGGAUUCUGGAGUUGGGAAGACCUCUUUGAUGAACCAGUAUGUGAAUAAUAAGUUCAGUAAUCAGUAUAAGGCCACUAUUGGAGCCGACUUCCUGACUAAGGAGGUGAUGGUGGACGACAGACUGGUCACCAUGCAGAUUUGGGACACGGCGGGACAAGAGCGCUUUCAGUCUCUGGGCGUGGCUUUCUACAGAGGGGCGGACUGUUGCGUGCUGGUGUACGACGUCACGGCACCAACUACAUUCAAGACUAUGGACAGCUGGAGGGAUGAGUUUCUCAUUCAGUCCAGUCCUCGUGACCCAGAGAACUUCCCCUUUGUUGUGCUGGGCAACAAAAUCGACCUGGAGAACCGGCAGGUAACGACAAAGCGAGCUCAAGCGUGGUGUCAGAGUAAGAACAACAUCCCCUAUUUUGAGACCAGUGCCAAAGAAGCCAUUAACGUGGAGCAGGCCUUCCAAACUAUCGCUCGCAAUGCACUUAAACAGGAGUCAGUGGAGACGUAUGAUUUCCCUGACCAGAUUAAACUAAGAAACGACAGACCGGUGUCUAGCAGUGAUGGCUGCAACUGCUGAAGGAAAGACUAAACUGGGGACGGCAAGAGAAAGAGCCAACACGGGAAAGGAAGAAAGCGAGAUGGAAAAGAUCCAGGCCUGUUGUUCGAGCGACCGUCCUCCCCUUUUCCUCCUUUGAAACCUCCAGGGUAUCAAAUGCCACGUGUGAAAGCCGAACAUCCAUUUUCUUGCUGAACUCCAAGUAAACGUGUGGUAUGAACUAUUGAGGAACAGGAACCUCUGACAUUACAUUUAUUACGAGUUCUGCUAUCACUACAGCUGUCCGAGAAUUCCCCACUGUCUGAUUUUCUUUUCUCAGAAAUUAUCCUUUGCUCUGCUAGUUCAUUGUGCCUUUUUAAUUUGUACUAUUGGUUAUUGUUAUCAAUGCCUGUUUCACUCCUAUGCUGAAUGAAUAUUCAUUUAAAAACAUUGCAUAUGUAAUAGGGCUGGGAAAUAUAACAAUAUUAAUAAAAUAUUUUAUCUGCCAUUUAAAAUCAACCAACAUUUGUUUACACCAUAGCUUCUCAGUAAAAUAAACAUGCAGAAAUGGCUUUGGAGCUCUUUAGAUCAGUUAUAUUAAUUUGAUUUAUCACUCAAAAAUGAUCGUGGAAAUCCCAGUUUCACAUAAUUUCAAAUGUUUUAAAAUUAAAAAAGUAGGUAUUGUUUUAUUUAUUAGUGUCUGCAUAUAUAAAAUUAUUAAAUAUAUUUACCCGUGUCUAUGUAGGGAAAAGGUAUGGAAAACAUGCAUGGAUUUUAUUUUUUACUUUAGACAUUUAAAAUCCACUUCACAAAAUUGCUGUUUGUUUGAAAUG